AUGAAUUAUCUGGAUGAAGUCAAAUUAUGGAAUGAAGAAAAGGUUGGAGAAUGGCUUAAAUUAAAUGAUUUUGGAUUUUAUACCUCUGUUUUUUAUGAUAAUAAUAUUAAUGGAGAUAUUCUGUUAGAUUGUGAUGCAACAUUACUUAAAGAGUUAGGGAUUCAUAAACUUAGUGAUAGGAUUCGUCUUCUAGUGUGUAUUAAGAAACUUCGAAACAAAUGCAUUGCAUCUGCAAGAAAAGCAAAACUGGGCAUUUUUGUGCCUGUAGUGAAAUCAUCUGAUGUUACAAUUGCUCAACAAAGUCCUACGGAUCCUUUGAUUCCCUGUAAACCAUGUGAUUCGUUAGAAACAUCUUCAGGUUUAUAUUUAGAUUAUCAUUAUUCAGAUACACAAAGUAUAGAUUCAUUGAAUAAUUAUACGUCGGGUAUAUCUAAUAUGCCGUCUACAAUUCAGAGUUUAAGUAAAGAUUUAUGUUCUGAUAUAGUAAAAAAUUCUGAAAAGCCACCUAUACCAGAAAUAAAUUUUAUGGACAUCAGUUCUGUUAAGAAUUCCCCUAGUUCCACUGAUGGAGAUUUGUCUAAAGUAUUUAAAAAAUUCAAUACGUUUGAUGAAUCUACUGAAUGGAAUGUUUAUGAUGCACAAAAUAGUAAAUCGAGUGAAUGUAUUUUUAAUGAUGCAUUUUUACCUGUUCCUUCUCAACAUUCAAAAUUAGAGCAAGAAGGAUCUACAUUAAAAAGAGUGCCUUCUUCAUCAACAUCUGACACAUUUACGGUUUCUCAAAUAGCUGCUAAAGAACAAGAUUUCGUUUAUGGCACUACUGUAAUGGCAAAAACAACAGGCAAUUUAAGAAAAUUAGAAACAUUUUUUGGAGAAAAAAUUGAACAUACUUUUGCAUCACCUAAUGUUAGUCCUCUACCUUCUCCAUCUUAUAAAGACAAAUUUUUGGGCACAAAACGUAUAAGAAACUUUUUUGGUCAACGUCCUCCUAGUGAACAUAUUAGUUCAAAUUUAACUGAAUAUUUUCCUGGUCAUGAGAAAAAAGUGCUGGAGCAAACAGUUAGAAAUUCUAUUAGAAAACUUACUCAUCCGGGUGUUAUUAAACGAUCAAAUCUUAAUAUAUCAAGUUCUUUACCAUAUGGUAUAUCAUCUAUGCCUACAGCUGGAAGGAGAUGGGUUCGACUUGGAGGACAGAAAUUAUCUGAAAGUAGUCGUAGAUUUUCUCUAUCAUAUUUCGUUUCUACUCAAUUUUCUGCAUUACUUGAAGCAGCUCCUUCAAAAGAAAAUAUCUUUCGGCCUCUAGCAUCUCCAUCAAAGUCUGAUCCAGGAUAUAGUACUAAUAUUACUAGAUCAGGUUUUAGUAUUGAAAAAAAUAUUUCAGAUAUUAAAUUAGACUCUAAAGAUUCUGAUGAUAAAGAUUCAUUUAUUGGAACUUUAAAAUCUAGAUCAUGUGCAUUAGGUGGCUCUUUAAUUCUUUCAGAUUCAUGUGAUGCGAGUGUAGGUAUUACUAGGGGUAGUUUAGACGGCAAUAUUUUUGAAAAUAGUGUUAUUAAAGAUCUUGAUAUUGAAAAAGGAACAGGAAAUAAUAAUAGUGGUCCUACAAGGUGGAUUAAGGGUGCUUUGAUUGGAAGCGGUUCUUUUGGAAGUGUAUUUUUGGGAAUGAAUGCGUUGAGUGGUGAAUUAAUGGCUGUUAAACAAGUGGAAAUACCAUCUUAUGAUAUUCAAGGAUGUAAAAGAAAAAUAGCUAUGUUAGAUGCUUUGCAAAGAGAAAUAUCUUUGCUUAAAGAAUUACAUCAUGAAAAUAUAGUUCAAUAUCUUGGUUCAAGUAUGGAUGAAACGCAUUUAACGUUUUUUCUUGAAUACGUUCCUGGUGGAUCUGUAACAGCAUUAUUAAAUAAUUAUGGAGCUUUUGAAGAGCCCUUAAUUAGAAAUUUUGUUCGACAAAUUCUCAAAGGCUUAAACUAUUUACAUAAUAAAAAAAUUAUUCAUAGAGAUAUUAAAGGUGCUAAUAUUUUGGUUGAUAAUAAAGGAGUUAUUAAAAUAUCAGAUUUUGGUAUAUCUAAAAAAGUUGAAGCAAAUCUUCUAUCUAUAUCAAAAAACCAUCGUCCAUCACUUCAAGGAUCUGUUUAUUGGAUGGCUCCUGAAGUUGUAAAACAAACAUUAUAUACUAGAAAAGCUGAUAUAUGGUCUCUUGGAUGCCUAGUAGUUGAGAUGUUUACAGGAGAACAUCCUUUUCCGAAAAUGAACCAAUUACAAGCCAUAUUUAAGAUUGGACAAUAUGCUUCCCCUGAAAUUCCAGAAUACUGUACUAUAGAAGCAAGACAAUUUUUGGAAAAAACAUUUGAACCAGAUUAUCAUGCACGACCUACUGCUGCUGAUUUGCUUAAAUCCAGCUUCCUUGGACCCAUAGUUCCUAGUCCUCAACCUUAUACGAAAAAAUAA